UAGUAGAUGAUAGAUAUAGCGAAGUCUAUUAGCAAGUCGAAAGUUCGUGAAACUGCAGAAGUUUGAAAUUUUUGGAGGAGCUUUCUCCAUUCAGAGAGAGUAAAACAAGCUUGAGAUUCUCCUUCUGUCUCUGAGCCUUCAGAGAUGUCAGUUACACUGCAUACCAAUCUUGGCGACAUUAAGUGCGAAAUCGCUUGCGAUGAGGUACCCAAGACCGCCGAGAAUUUUCUGGCACUUUGCGGUAGUGGCUAUUAUGACGGAACUAUAUUUCAUCGAAAUAUCAAAGGUUUCAUGAUUCAAGGCGGAGACCCAACAGGUACGGGCAAAGGUGGAACUAGUAUAUGGGGCAAGAAGUUCAAUGACGAAUUUAGAGAGUCCCUUAAGCAUAAUGCGAGAGGUAUACUCUCAAUGGCUAACAGCGGGCCUAAUACUAACGGAAGCCAAUUCUUUUUAACUUACGCAAAGCAACCCCAUCUCAAUGGACUAUACACUAUAUUUGGCAAAGUAAUUCAUGGCUUUGAAGUCCUUGAUCUCAUGGAGAAGACUCAAACAGGAGCUGGAGACCGACCUCUUGCCGAGAUAAGGAUGAACAGAGUCACAAUACACGCUAAUCCACUUGCUGGCUAGUUCCAAUAUCCGGACUCCAGUCUGAUGUAUGCUCAUUGUUUACAAUUGAGUAUCCAGAUAAAAUGAGACUGUUGAUGUUAGUUAUACAUCAGCAUUUUGUUCAAAUCCAUGAAUGUAGUACUCUCUGUGUUUUUGGGAUAAUUACUUACUUACUAUGUCCUCCUUUACGCUUGCCAAAUUACAUUAGGCAGUCGCUUAAUAUAUACUACUAAACUUACUUACCCUUAUUGAAAUGUAGUUGUAAAUUUGCAUUUUUUUA